GUUGAUCAAACACUGACGCAAGAGUUUAGUGAAAUUUCUGAACAAAAUAGUGACAAUGAAUAUGAAGUAACAUGUUUCAGUCCUAAGGAACGAGAUAAAAUGAUUGAAACUUUGCAUAGUGUCACUACAAUGAAUAAGGAUUGGUGUCGUAAAUUUUUGGAAGAAACUUCUUGGGAUAUAAAGAAGUCUAUUACUGAUUUCAUGGAUCGAUAUCGAUUAUCUGCCAUACCUGUUGAAGCUUUCUGGAAAUAAUUUUGAAACAGCCGGAAAGAACAGUGAUUAUAAACAGUAAUUCUUAUUAUAUUUCUAUAACCUAUUGCAUCUUUAAUAUGGAAUUGUAAUAUGACGUACAUAUAAGAAGCCCUGUAAGUUUUCAAUAUAGUGACAUUAUUCUGAGUGACAAACGCAAGAAAGUUUCAUAAUAAGAAAGAAGUGCAACACAUAUAUUGAGAAACAAUGACGAGUACUGUAUUGGGAAAUAGAACGUCGUGGGAGCCUCUACGACUUACACAUUUGAAGCCAUCCUUCAAUAGUACUGAUCUUGCCUUAGCAUCUCGUCAGGAUGUCUGGCAUAAAUUUAUAGUAUUUGAUGCUGGGAAAUAUGACAAAGAAGAAGUACUUAUUGCAAUAAUAUUAGCAUGUGAUCCUGAAGUGCUAUUACCAGUUAUGUACAAAGUGGAAAACAAUAACAAAGGAACGUUUCUUACCAAAUGUACCUCAGGUGUGAUAGAAAAUUUGGUAAAACAAAAUCUCUCUGUGAAACUGAAAACAGGUCACAUUCUGAAGAUUGACAUAGUUUUGGGUUUCCUUGGUAUGCAAGAUUUACAUUUAAAUCCACAUAAUUCAAUAACACAAACGCUGCAUUAUAAAUAUGAGUCAGUGAAAAAAAUAUUAAAUCUUGAUGAUUUCCAAAAUGAAAAGUCAUUGGGAUCGAUAUAUUGUCCAAUAUCAGUACCCCGAGUUCUCCUCUUUGUAUUACGCUGUGCAAAGGUAGGCAUUCUGGGCAACAUACGAGAAACUCGAUUGCCUAUUCGAGAAUUAAGUUUACGAUGGAAUGGAUUAGAAGGCAUUUCACUGUUUGAAAAGUUUUUCAACUACCACCUGACAAAAUUGGAUCUACGUCAUAACCAAAUUACAGAUAUUAAUUCAUUACGUUAUUUUUCUGAAUUUAAAAUAACGGAACUCUGGCUGGAUGGGAAUCCACUGUGUACAAAAUAUACAUCACCUGAAGAUUAUAUACGAGGGGUAAGAAAUGUGUUUCGACAUUUGCAAAAACUAGACGGGAUCGUAAUCGGUGUACAGAGGAAGCUUGUUCCAAUAAUGCAAAGUAAUUAUUUGGGAGAUUCUUCAAGAUUUGGUCUGAUAAAACAAUUCGUGCGACAUUUCUUUACUCUAUACGAUCAGGAUGAUCGAAUAGUCAUGAAAGGACUUUAUGAUAAGAAUGCAUUUUAUUCAAUGACCUUAGGAAGUGGAGCUAAUUAUAAUCACAAACAAAUAGCUAAAGUAUUUUCGAGUAAUAGAAACUUAUUGAAAUUCGUCGAUUAUGCUAAAUGCCAUGAAUUUUUACUGCAAGGACCAGAGCAAAUUAUUUCAAUGAUGAGAAAGCAACCGCCGACUACACAUCAUCUUCGAACCUUUCAUGUUGACUUAUUAAAUUAUGGAGAAAGUCACAUUGCUAUCGCUGUGCAAGGAGUGUUUCACUUUAAAGAUUUUAUUCCUCCACUUAUGACAUUUAAUAGAACAUUUAUUUUGAUUGCCAAGGUCGACAACGAAUACAAUAUUAUCAAUGAUCAAUAUCAUAUUGAUAUGGCACCGCCAAAUGUUACUGGACUAGAUAACAAUUCUGCGAAAUUGGAAUCAAGAGAAGCACCAAAAAUUUCGCUCACUGUAUUAAGUCCUUCCGAAAAGAAUCAAUUGCUUGGAUUUUUACAUGAAUUGACUACUAUGAAUACAGCAUAUUGUCAACAAUUUCUUGAGAAUGCCAGAUGGGAUAUUCGCGUUGCAAUUAAUACAUUUAUGAAAGCUUAUACAGUCAAUGAUAUUCCGCCUGAGGCUUUCAAAUAAUUCAAUAGAUUACAUAUAGUUUGUAAGUUGGAUGUGUUCUGUGCCAAAACUUAGAUUAAUUAUUAAGAGAUUUUGUAUAAAUAUUUCCUGUUUCAAGAGAAAAUCAGAUGUAAAUGAAUAUGCAUAAAUAUAUACAAGAGUCAUAUUA